ACCCCGAACCCGAACCCGAACCCGUAAAGACCCGAAGAAGAAGGAAACGUCACUUGGACUUGGACGAGACUUCACUGACAAACAUGUCCAAGGAACAAACCUCAGAUCCAAAGGACUCUCUCAGGAUGCUUCUUGUUGGGAAAACUGGAGCUGGGAAAAGUGCAGCAGGAAACACCAUCUUAAUGAAGAAGGGUUUUCAUUCAUCAGCUUCUUCUUCCUCAGUGACGAAAGUGUGUCAGAGAGGAACAGUGAAGGUUCAGGGCCAAACACUGGAGGUUAUUGAUACUCCAGGUCUGUUUGACACCGGGCUGAGUGAAAAGCAGGUGAAGGCUGAAAUCACUAAGAGCAUCAUAUACGCUGCUCCUGGACCUCAUGUGUUCCUGAUCAUCGUCAAGGCAGACAGAUUCACCGAAGAAGAAGCAAAAACAGUGAAAAUCCUUCAUAAGCUGUUUGUAGAACAGGCUGCACGUUACACCAUGACCCUGUUCACCUGUGGAGACGCUCUGGAGGCAGACGGCGUCUCCAUAGAAGAAGUCAUUGGUAAAAAUAAGGUUCUCAGCGACUUCCUCCAUCAGUGCAAAGGAGGAUACCAUGUUUUUAACAACAGAAAUAAAGAUCCUGCUCAGGUCCAUGAGCUGCUGAAGAAGAUCAACACAAUGGUUGAGAGAAAUGGAGGAAGCUACUACACCAACAAGAUGUUCCAAGAGGCUGAGACAGCCGUAGACAAAAAGAUGAAAGAGCUUUUGAAGGUUAAACCACAGACGGACCAGGAUGACGCAAGAACUGAAGCAAAAGAACAUGUGGCAGCAACUGUAUAUGGUUCCUUAGCCCUUAUUGGAGAAGGUGUUGGAGGUGUUAUUGGAGAAGGUGAAGAUCCUCUGAGGAACAGAAGGUGA